AUAAGUGAUAACUGAUUUAGCAUCCAGUUCAUCUUUGGCUUUCGUUAGUCAGCUGUGCUUAACAGUCGUAGCCCGUAGGCAGAUGUAGAGUACAGAUUAGGUAGAAACUCAAUUUUGUAAUAGCCCAAAUUAUUACAAUUUCGUUUCGUGUAAAUAGUAAUAUGUAUGCCGUGCUGUAAACGGUUCUCACUCAGCAAGGCCGCGACUAUUAAUGUUCGUGCUCCGAUUUUCAAUUAUUGUUGUUUUUUGUUAUGAAAUAUCGCUGGUAGAACUAUUAUAAACGUGAUACCCUCAAACACAAUGUCCAUUAGUUGUCAAAUGUUAGCUACCUGAAACAUUUGAUCAUAUAAUUGUUCAGUUUCCUCAAUCACUAUCAUUCUGGCUGAUUUAUCUAAACGUUUAUUCACACACAUUCAACUAGUCUACACAAUUACCAUUAACAAGUAUGCAAGUUAAUGCUUUUCUUCCAAUUAACUAACCAAACUUUGUGAUUUUUUACUGUCUUUUUUACAUUUUAAGCAUUUGAAAUGGCAUCAGAGAAUUGCGAAAAUCUUCUGUUUGAUCAAGCCUGUUUACAAGUGUGGGCCUAUAAUUCUACAAAUGUUUCAUUAUGGAUGCAAACGGAAGAAUGUUAUAAAUGUGAUUUAUUGAAAAAAGUAGACCUCUCCAACAAUGGAGUAACAAAUAUCAGACUAAAUACAAUUUACAAUUUAUGGCUUGAUUUAACAAAUGACAGCAGUCAUAAUAAUUGCAGAACAUUAUAUACUUUUGAAGAACAUGGAGUGUACCAAUGGAAUCUUACAAACAAUUUCAACUGUUCUCAAAUUGAAGAAAUAACAACUCCUCAAGACUAUUUCAUGCCAUUUGUUUAUGCAUUAUUGCUUAUAAUACCAUCCUUUGCUGUUUGGUUUUACAUCAAUUAUUUGCAAAGAACUAAUGUAGUGCCAUCUGUAUUUCGAUUUGCAUCAAAGACUGAUUUAGAUAUUGAAAAUACGGCCUCUAGCCGUCACAUAUCACUAAUUGAUGGUUCUGAUGUCGAAUUAAAAUCUACGGAUUUUGGUACUGGUUCUAAUGAACCAGUUAUUAUUCAUCCUCAACUUCCAAAACCAGUCAAAAAUAGUAGUUAUCGUAUUGCAUCAUUAGACGCAUUUAGAGGAAUAUCUAUAAUAUUAAUGAUAUUUAUUAAUUUGGGUGGUGGUGAAUAUUGGUUCUUUCAACAUUCUCCUUGGAAUGGUUUUACAUUAGCUGACUUCGUAAUGCCAUGGUUUUGCUGGGUUAUGGGAGUAAGCAUUGCCAUUUCAUUAAGAUCUCAACUUCGUUCAAGCACUAAAAGAAAAUAUGUUUUUGGUCGUGUAGUUCGAAGAUCAAUUGUUCUAUUAGUCAUGGGUUUAGUAUUAAAUUCAGUCAACUACAAUAAUUUACAUACUUUUAGACCAAUGGGAGUGUUGCAGAGAUUAGCAUUUAUAUAUUUUAUAGCUGCAACUUUGGAAACAAUUUUUAUGAAAUCUCAACCAUAUUUUACGAAUACUCGAUUAGACGUUAUCCGAGAUAUUAUUGAAAGUGCUCCACAAUGGCUUAUAGUAAUUGUAUUAGUAGCUAUUCAUACUAUCAUAACAUUCUAUUUACCUGUACCGGGUUGUCCAAAAGGAUAUUUAGGGCCUGGGGGCCUCUACAAUAAAUCAUCUAAUGUUAACUGCACUGGUGGCGCAGCUGGGUAUAUUGAUAGACUAGUGUUUGGUGAACACCAUAUGUACCCAGGUUCCUCAAAAUCUGUAUAUCAGUCAAUACCUUUUGACCCCGAAGGUAUUUUAAGUACAUUGACAAAUGUUCUACUUGUGUAUAUGGGUGUACAUGCUGGUCGUAUAAUUUUAUGUUAUCAGUAUACAAAUGAACGAAUUAAACGUUGGAUUGCAUGGACAAUUGUUCUUGGUCUAACUGGAGGUAUUUUGUGUAACUUUUCCAAGGAAGAUGGUCUUAUACCAUUUAAUAAGAAUUUAUUUUCUUUAUCAUAUACAUUUAUUACUGGAAGUUCAGCCUUCUUGUUAUUCAUUAUGUUGUUCCUAAUUAUUGAACAUUGGCGACUGUGGAGUGGAUCACCAUUUUGUGAGAUUGGCCAAAAUUCGAUUAUUUUAUACCUUGGGCACAAUAUAUUUUAUAAUACUCUUCCAUGGAGAUGGCAACCAGUAAAUGAAACUUCUCACACAGAGUACCUAUUGAUGGAUUGUUGGGCUACAAUUUUUUGGUGUGCAAUAGCAUUAGUGAUGUACAAAAAAUGUAUAUUUAUCGUAGUAUAAUUAAUUAAUUGGUGAUGAUUAUUUGAUAAACUAUUACUCAUUAUGACUUAAUAUUUAGAAAGUAGUAUUUUUGUUAUUCUCUAACAAAUUAAA